GUUCCGAGCUCGUCCUCCAUCAGUGUAGAUGCUGAUAAGAUGGCGCCAAAGCAAAAGAUUAGGAUCAAGCUUAGAUCAUACUGGGUGCCUCUUAUUGAGGACUCAUGCAAGCAGAUUCUUGAUGCUGCUAGAAAUACUAAUGCAAAGACGAUGGGUCCUGUUCCAUUGCCAACCAAGAAGCGUAUCUACUGUGUUCUUAAGUCUCCUCACGUACACAAGGAUGCUAGGUUCCAUUUUGAAAUCCGGACACACCAGCGUAUGAUUGAUAUUCUCUACCCGACUGCUCAAACUAUCGAUUCUUUGAUGCAACUUGAUCUUCCUGCUGGUGUUGAUGUGGAAGUGAAGCUCUGAAGAACGAGUGUAACUACAAUGAUGUGAUGGGCACUUUUGCAUUGAAUGAACAGACUGUUUCAGAUCAACUACAUUGCUUAGAACCGGUAAGCCUUGUAUCAUCUUUUUGAGAACCUCUGUAACGAAAAUGUAAGUUGUAUUAUCUGGUCCUUAGCAAAGUUGGAAUCUUUAGCGAUGUUUGGUUCUUAGUUGAUGAACAUAUCCUUAAUUAAGCAAGUUCAAAGGAAUUUUUUGUUUUUGUUUUA